AAGGAGCGGUGGCGUGUUGGAGAGAGAGAGAGAGAGAGAGGGGCUUAGGGUUUAUCGCAGAGAGAGAGAUGAAGGGGGUGGUGGGGAUGGUGGUGUCGAACAAGAUGCAGAAGUCGGUGGUGGUGGCGGUGGACCGCCUCUUCCACCACAAGGUCUACAACCGCUUCGUCAAGCGCACCUCCAAGUUCAUGGCUCACGACGAGCUCAGCCAGUGCAACAUCGGCGACCGCGUCCGCCUCGACCCCUCCCGUCCCCUCAGCAAGCGCAAGCGCUGGGUCGUCGCCGAGAUCCUCAAGCGUGCCCGCAUCUACCAGCCUCCGUCGCCGAAGACGGCUGAUCGGGAGAAAGCUUGAACAUAGAGAAGCAAAAGCUGUGAGGCUGAAUAUAGUGGCUUUCUAAGAUCAGUACUGGCUUCUGCCUGAGUGUCCGAUAAGAUGAGGAUUGCUGCAUCUGCAUUGAGAAUUGUCUGGACUAAUUUUUUGGAGAGGAGGUAUUGAAAACCAACUUCGAGGAAAAACUCAUGUAUUUGGUGAUCUUUUCGGGUGAAUUCAUGGUUCAUAGGUUGCACCCUUUCUUUGUAAACGGUCGAACAUCGUUUCCCUCACAGAACAUUGGAAGCUGUUCUUUGGCUAAUGUUUUAGGAUACAAAUUCUUGCUUUGAUCAUAUGUUAGAGAUGCUACAGGGCAGUUAUUCUGUAGAAGCUGCAAAUGCCAUAAUUGCAGGCACUCAUGGUCGUCACCAAUAAAUGAGACCAUAUGUUUGUCUGUGGCGUGGAUAUUUGGAAGCUGCACACAAGCUGCCACUUUAAGUCUGUAAUGUUCAUUGCUUAAAGUCGCGCAGCUUAUUUGUUCUU